CUUGGACGAGUGGUGGCCCAAAAAUGGAUGCACCUCCCCGAAUGGGCAACUGCAUUUGAAAGUCAAAUCUAAUGAGGUGUCGGUAUAAAAGCCAGUGCAUCGGGUGGAUAGACGACAGUGAUCCCCCAGCCAAGUCCAACAGCCAAGUCAUGAAGCUUGUAUUGCUGACCCUCUUUGGCUACCUCCUGCUGGGAGCAGCUCUGUCCCAGGCCAGCAUCGCACCUGCCGCCACUGGAGUGAUUCCGGCUAUUCCGGCUACCAUUCCAGCUGCCAUUCCCGCUGGAGUGCCACUGGCCACCAGCCAUCAGUUUGUCACCCGGAACUGGAACCGCUUCUAUGUGCCCACUCCCCCAGUGGCCACCUAUCCCACCUACUACAAGUACAGUGGCGGCUAUCCGCUCUAUCCCAACUAUCCCUACGGCUCCACCUACCAGUAUACCUAUCCGUACGGAUACUACUCCACAUAUCCCAACUACGGGUACGGCUACAAGAGUGUCUGGUGAGGGAGGAGGUUGAAAGCCCAAGGGCUCUUGUGAUAUUACUCCAAUACCAAAUUAUAAUCCUACAGAAAUAUAUGAACCCCUUAUCCAUCUA